UUGGAUGAAGAUCAAAACUUUAGUUCCUGGGUUUUAUAUAUUUUGAUUUUAUCAUGGAUCGGAAAUCACAAUACAAACACAAGGCUGAUGAUGUCCAGACAAUCAGAGAUCGGACAAGAAAUGAGGAAGUUGCAUUAAGGAAGGAGAAGAAGGACAAAGCUGUAAAUGCCAAGAGAUUCCGGUAUAUAACAGAGGCUGAGGCUGGAGUAGAAGUCACACAAGAUGAGGUGAGGAAUGCCACUUGUGGUCUCAAAAAACCUGGUGCACAUCGACUGGAAAACCUGAAACUUUUAAAACAUGCCUUCUCUCAGGGCACAGUGUACAUCGAUGUUUUCUUCAGUAUAGAAAACUCCUUGAGUUGGCUGGUGGGUCUAUACACUGGACAGGAUAUUGAGCUACAACAGGAGGCAGCAUGGUGUAUAACUAACAUAUCGGCAGGUACCCACCAACAUGCUGUCGCUGUUGCUAAAUACAUCGCACCUUACCUUGUGACUUACCUGAGCAGUGUUGUACCAGUAAUACAGGACCAGAGUGCAUGGGCCCUAGGAAAUUUAGCAGGGGAUAGUAAAGAAAGUCGUAGCCUGAUACACGCCCAGGGAGUUGUCUUCCCUCUUGUACAGCUUUUACAGUCUCCUCAUCCAUCAGUUGUGCAGUCAGCUUCAUUUGCCUUGUCCAAUCUGGUGAAGGAAUCACAUGAUAUAGCAAGGGAGGUUGUUAAUGUAAAGGCAUUGCCUUUGCUUCAAACAUUACUAGUGAACACAGCAGAAAACCAAGGCAUCUUGACUGAGGUAUCCUGGGUACUGACCUAUCUGGCUGCAAGUCCAGAGUUUACUGAAGAAAUGGUCAAACUGGGAUUUCUGACACAGAUUGUUGACAUCCUCGUGCAACUGGUCUCCACAAAUCCCCAUGUAUUCCAGAUAGUAACGCCAUUGCUUCGUUGCCUUGGAAACCUGUGCAGUGGUCCAGAUGAGUAUACACAAAUGGCAUGCACAAACUCAUCUCUCCUCCAGAGUCUGGCUGCCUAUCUCUCCUCGAGUCAUCGACAUAUCCGUAAGGAAACACUCUGGGUACUUUCAAAUAUGGCAGGGGAACCCCAUACCUGUCACACAUUGGCCUUUGGGCCCCUCCUUCCAGUGAUUCUAGAUCAGGUCCCUGGAGCCUAUGACAUCAAAAUGGAGGCUUUGUAUCUGCUGUGUAAUAUUGCCUGUCAUGGCGAGGAACUCUGUUUACAGUUGUUAAAUAACGGAAUUCUCCAGAAGGUGGCGCCAGUGUUGAAGUCACAUGAUGUGGAAAUUCUGAACCUGGGAAUAGCGCUGAUUGAAAUGAUUUUGCGAAUGACUGAAGAGGGAAAGAAGAUAUUGGAGGAAUGUGGAGGAUUGGAGGGACUAGAAACCCUGGAGUACCACAACAACACACAGAUAAGAGAAGAAGCUUGUAAUCUACUGGAGACCUACUUCUACACAGAAUAAUGGCAGACAGAACAUGGAUGGAGAUGGAUCUGUAAGGAAAUUUAUUGGACAAAUGUACCUGUCUGUACAUGAGAAUGCAGUAAGAUGAAACGUGACUCAAACUGUAGUGUUAACAUUUGGGAAAUCAGAUGCUUCUGAUGAUGAGGACAGUGCGAGCUUAGACACUGACUGUAUCAGAAAUCAGAUGCUUCUGAUGAUGAGGACAGUACGAGCUUGGACACUGACUGUAUCAGAAAUCAGAUGCUUCUGAUGAUGAGGACAGUGCGAGCUUGGACACUGACUGUAUCAGAAAUCAGAUGCUUCUGAUGAUGAGGACAGUGCGAGCUUAGACACUGACUGUAUCAGAAAUCAGAUGCUUCUGAUGAUGAGGACAGUAUGAGCUUGGACACUGACUGUAUCAGAAAUCAGAUGCUUCUGAUGAUGAGGACAGUGCGAGCUUGGACACUGACUGUAUCAGAAAUCAGAUGCUUCUGAUGAUGAGGACAGUGCGAGCUUGGACACUGACUGUAUCAGAAAUCAGAUGCUUCUGAUGAUGAGGACAGUGCGAGCUUAGACACUGACUGUAUCAGAAAUCAGCUGCUUCUGAUGAUGAGGACAGUGCGAGCUUAGACACUGACUGUAUCAGAAAUCAGAUGCUUCUGAUGAUGAGGACAGUGCGAGCUUAGACACUGACUGUAUCAGAAAUCAGAUGCUUCUGAUGAUGAGGACAGUGCGAGCUUAGACACUGACUGUAUCAGAAAUCAGCUGCUUCUGAUGAUGAGGACAGUGCGAGCUUAGACACUGACUGUAUCAGAAAUCAGAUGCUUCUGAUGAUGAGGACAGUGCGAGCUUAGACACUGACUGUAUCAGAAAUCAGAUGCUUCUGAUGAUGAGGACAGUGCGAGCUUGGACACUGACUGUAUCAGAAAUCAGAUGCUUCUGAUGAUGAGGACAGUGCGAGCUUGGACACUGACUGUAUCAGAAAUCAGAUGCUUCUGAUGAUGA